AUGUGUCACGCAGUGGUUCUAGGCGUGCUGUUCUCUCUUCCGUCGUAUCUGUACUCGGCGGUGCCGUUCAGGAAGGCGCGGCGCAAGGAGCGCGAGGGAGAGGGUGCCGGCGACCCCAAGCUGUACCUGCAGGAAGCACUGCUGGAACGCAAGCUGCCCGAGCUCGACAUGCGCCAGCUCGUGGACCUGCCCGACGGGCUCGACUACAACGAGUGGCUCGCCUCGCACACGCUGGCGCUGUUUGACCACGUGAACCUGCUGUACGGCACGGUGUCAGAGUUCUGCACGGCGGCCACGUGCGCCGACAUGACGGGCCCCGGCGGCCGCUCCUACGCGUGGUACGACGAGCGCGGCAAGAAGUCACGCGUCGCCGCACCGCAGUACGUCGACUACGUCAUGACUUACACGCAGAAGACGGUUAACGACGAGACCAUUUUUCCUACUAAGUAUGCAAACGAGUUCCCGACGUCGUUCGAAGGCGUGGUGCGGCGCGUGGUGCGGCUGCUGUUCCACGUGGUGGCGCACCUGUACGCGGCGCACUUCCGCGAGCUGGCGUUGCUGCGCCUGCACGCGCACCUGCACCUCACCUUCGCGCACCUCACCGCGCUCGACCGCCGCUUCGCGCUGCUCGACCACAAGGAGACCGAGGUUCUCCGCGACUUAGAAGUAGCGUUGCGUCUGUCGGAGCCGGCGGGCGGCGCAGGCGGCGCAGGCGGUGCGGGCGGCGGUGCGGGGGGUGAGGCGGCGGACGAGGCGUCGCCGCGGCGGCGCUCGCCCGUCGUCACGCAGCCGCUGGCCUCCGCG